AUGGACGAGGUUGUUGAUUUGCUGAUUCUUCCCACCGAGGUGGUUCAGUGCAUUAUCAACGUUUUGGACGAAGCAACCCAGGAGAAGUUGGCCAGGUUCAACUCGCCCUACAGAGUUUACACUGUUAGCUUGCUCUAUCAACAUAUAUAUAUAGGCAAUGUAGCAAACUUGCCCAGCAAGAAUUUCCGAGGAUUCACAGUAGAAUCGUUCCACUACUUCUAUGAACAAUUCCCUAAUAUUCUGGUGACAGACUUGUAUCUUGAUCAACUGAGUUUACUUCGUGUUUUAGAUGAGAUUCCGCAAGCUCUCGAUAUCGUCAAAAACAUUACUACUGUAUUUGCCCAAGAAUACGUCCACUAUGUCAUGUUUCAGAACAAUACCUAUUUGGAGGGUCAUAUGGUCAAGUCUUUGACGGCAGACAAUUACAAAUUGCAGCCGCAUUUGACAGUUCUACCCUCAAAUCUCAAACAAUUGAAGAUAGAUCACCCUUGGUAUUGGCUCCCACAAGUUCCAGAUGGCUUGGAAGUCCUCGAGAUUGUCUGUCCAGGACCCAACAGUAGCCUCGUUAAAUUGCCUCUUCCAGCUUCGCUUACAGAGUUGACUUUCCAGUUCACAAACUCAACUUCCAAGGGUCUCGACCUUACAAAUUUGGUGAAGCUAGAGAAGCUCGAGUAUCGUAAUGAUAUCGAGUCCAUUUCAGAAUUCAAGUUUCCAACAAGCUUGAAAACGCUCAAGGUGGACGGGGAUAUAAGUGAUCCAACUGGUUUGGAACUACUUACACAUUUAGAUAGUUUAGAAUUCUAUUGGGAUCAGCUCUACGCUCCUUUCGAAAGUAAAUUCUUGCCGCCUACCUUAAAGAACUUGAAAGUCAUCUGUGGAGGUGAAUGGAAACUUACUAACAAGCUAGACACGCUUGACAUUACAACGGAUAGGUUUUCGUAUGCCAAUGCCAAGGCAGUGACCAUAAACUAUAUGCUUCGUGAGAGAUCUGAAAAGGACUUAUCAGCAGCAACAAAUAUCACAAACUUGUGUAUAAAUUCAGAUCUCUUAACCUCUCCUACUGAUAUCACGUAUCCUUCCAAUUUGACCUCAUUGUCAUUCGUGCAAACAGGCAAUCUACAUAAUCUAAAAGGACUUGAUAACUUGCUCAACCUAAGGUCGGUAGAGUUCAUCGGGGCAUUUCUGCCGAUUAUCAUUAAGGAAAUAUUAAGGGGGCGUUGCUUUCCUCCAGAUUUAACUAGCUUAACGCUUAAACUCAAGCUCGGAAACCAAUUGGCUUGGCUCCUGGAUAUUAUGUUCAAUCCGUCAUGGUAUUAUCUCGAUAACGAAAAGAACCACUCGACUCCACUUGUUCUUGAAAAGAGAUUUGUAUUUCCUCGCAAGUUGGAGUUCUUAAAGAUUCAGAGUUCCUUUAUUACAGCAGUUGGCAAUUUGUCUCUUCCGGAUACUCUCAAGGAAUUGGAAUUGGAAAUAGAUGGUUAUCGCAGGCUAGGCGAGUUGAAAUUGCCUCCAAACUUACGUCUGCUUCAACUUCCAAAUAUAAUUCCAAAGUCUGAUUUCGUCAACUACAAGUUACCUGAGAACUUGUCGCUGCUCUGUGUCUGCGACGAUACAUACAAAGUUACAAGAAAAAAUUAUGAGGAGAUAGAAUGGUUGGAGGUAUAUCCACCAAAAGCUAAAGAUACUGAAGUAUUCGGACGAGGUAAAUAG